UUAAACUAAUUAAUACCGCAAAGUGAUUGAACGUACGAUGACGUUCACGAGAAAAAUUCGAAUCAAAAACAUAUUGCAAGUUGGCGGCUGGAAAUUGAACAACAUGAAUGCCCUGUCAAUGAGCAAAGUCUGUUCAAAUGAAGAAAAACGGUUGGCGUUUGUGAGAAGAAUUAGGGACAUCAUGGUCCAAAACCAAUUGGACGGCGUCCUCAUUUUUUGGGCUUUUCCAAACUGUCCUGACAACUCAGCUAUUUGCACGAAUCUGAAAUUGGACGAUCGACUGAACGUUGUAAGCUUGUUGAGGGAACUUUCGCAACUCUUGAAACCGAUCGGAAAAUUGGUUUUGUUCUACUCUUCAAUCAACAGCGUUUUUCUCACUUUCUCCGCAGGUGACGUGUACUCUCCUAGCGCUAGUUUUGUGGAUUAUUACGUGCUGGAAACGUUCAAACAGGCAGGACAUUGGUCCAAGACAAUCGACUUAUCAACUAAUCUAAAGAAAAUGAGAGAUAAUUUUGAUUUAUUCCGAAGAAAGGUUGACAGAGCUGUUUUGAGAAAAGUUCUGAUUUUCUUUGACAUCGGAAGUUUGACGUUCGAACUGAAAAUUCCAAAUGCGCACAGAAUCGGAUCCGGUUUUAUCCAAGAAUCACAAAUUCUUCCAGAGUAUUCUCCAUUUACCGACGUAAAAUUUUAA